AUGCCUUCAGGAUAUUCUCGGCAUCCUGCUGCAAAGCCACACGUUCGACGGGGCCCUCUUCCUUGCCCCCGCCUGCGUUGCAGUUCCCGGCUCGGUGCGGAACAGGAGAACCGAGGAGACGACACCGCGUGGGGCAAGGCACAAGGGCACAGGCCGCGCGGAAUCACAGAAUUCUUCGGAGCAAGGCUUAUCCGGCAGCCCGCCGGCCCUUCCCGUUUGGCACGCCAGGUCCCACCACCCUGGCCGAGCGCCAGGCCCGCCGGCGGGAGCCCCGGCCGCCUUCAGGAGGAAGAGGAGAAGGCGGAGGAAGAGGGAGAGGAGGAAAAAGAAGAGGGAGAGGAGGGAGAGGAAGGCGAGGGCUCCUUGACCCCAGCUAGCCAGGGCGGGCCACGGACGUCUCCUCUCCCCUUUGACCAGGGAGACCCUGAGGAGAACCAGGCCCUCCCCGUGGCUCAGCUGAAGAGCUUCUUCCAAAAGAAAGAGGGGGAGGUGCCCCGACCUCCCAGUGGCAGAGACAGGCUGGGCCCCAAAGCUGCUCCUCUGAAACCCUGCAUGCUGCCUGUGCGCUGUGUGCCAGCCUCCGGCGACCUCAGGGAGCCCGAGGUGCUGACCCCUGAGCAGGAGCAGCCCGAAGCCAAAGACUGGCUCCAGGUAGGUUCCUCGGCUGUCACCCCAUCGGCGUCCCCAUGCACAAGGAGGCGGCACUUUGAUGAGAUGGGGUCCAGCUCCCCAUACCUGAAGAGGGUGCCAAAGUCACAAAAGGUGGGUGAGGAAGCUGACGGGGCAGUAACGGUCCCACUGGAAGCUGCGGAACACGAGUGGCUAGUGAAAGCCACAGCUGGCCAGUGGUCCCAGCAGCUGCAUGGCCUGUUGCUAAGUGACAAGAACCUAGCCAGCAAAAGAGAUUUCAUGACGGGAUUCACUGUUCUGCACUGGGCAGCUAAGAGUGGAAAUUGUGACAUGUUGCGUAAAGUGAUUGAGGUGGUUGAGAAAGGUGGUGCUUAUGUCAAUGUGAAUGCCAAGUCUCAUGGGGGUUAUACUCCUCUCCAUAUUGCUGCCAUACAUGGGCAGGAAGAGGUCAUUGCCCAGUUGGUCCGGGACUACAAUGCUAAGGUUAACUUGAGAGACUACAGUGGCAAAAAACCAUUUCAGUACUUAAAAGAAGGGUCUUCUUUUGCCGUAAGGCAUCUCUUGCGGGACCCGGAUCUUCAUACGAUGACCGGACACAACGCCUCCAUCAAGAAGAACGCAAAAGUGGCUGCUUCUAUCUUGAGCUCCACCAGCACUGUCCUGGGGCUUUUGUCCGAUGACACGACUUUCUACGAGCUGACCAAAGGUUUAAAGAAACCUGCUUCCCUGAACAGGUUUCUCAACGCAGCCACAGCCCCAAGGAGGAAGCUGAGGUCCAGAGGUACUUUCUCUUCCUAUUCUUCUUUGUCUGAAGCCUUGGAGGAGGAACAGGAAGAAACCACGACAAAACGUAGACCAGUUUCAGAGUUGUUUUUCGGUCACUAGUCUCACUGAUGUCAAAUAAUGAUAUGGAAUUGGAUGCAUGUUGACCAUUCUUUUCACAUAAGUACUUUUGUUUUUAUUUUGUUUUUUAAUAUGUUUCUGUUUCCUUUUCGCUGAAUUAUACCUAAUCAUUAUAGCUGUUUACAGCAACCUGAAGAAGUACAGCACUAACCUCACAUGAGUAGACUUUUCACUGAGAAAAGUUAUCCUUACUAAAUUAAUAGUAAAUAUUAUAACAUGUUUUGUUCUACUGGCUUGUUUUAGUGAAUAACAGUUGAUGUAUGAUCUUCCAGAGUGUUUUGUUUAGGUUGUAAACUGAAUUAGUUGCAAAGUUCAUUUCAUAUCAAAUAUACAUGUAUGGCUGCACGUCUGUGCACUCUUACUUGUGAUUAUGUCCUAUUGAAGCUAGUGAACUUACUUCUGUGUAAGCAGGAAUAGGGUUGGAUUGCAUAGCUUUCAAACUAUGGGAUAGGAAUGAAAGCAUCCCUUUCUGCUUGAUGGCGUGGCAUCUGUAGUGAUAA